AUGCAAUAGAACAAGGUUUGGAGAAAGAUUAAUUAUGAUAUAAAGGAGAAGCCUAUACUUUAGUUCAAAUUUCAGAAGGUAGGCAAGAAAUCUAAUGACAUUUAUAUUGGAUGUUUUAAUGAAUAUCUAAUAAAAUAUAAAGUAAUACUACAUUUAAAGAUCCUAGGAUCAAUUCUAUACAACACCUUAUAAACUAUUUGAUCUGGAAUUCACCAGCAAAUUUGAAGUGAUUAGAACUCCUCCGAAAUUAAAAUAGGAUAAACAUCAUAGCAAAGUUAGAGGAGAAGAGAUAUUAGAUUUAGGGGAAAUAGUAGCUAUUCGUUUGAUUGUGGAAAAUAUUGAGAAACCCUAUGAAAUUUAAGGAAAAACUGAAUAGAUGCACCAGCUAAGGGACUUUCUGGGAAAAAAAAUAAAUUAAAUUGGAUUUCACAAUUUAUUCCGUGUUUAUAAAAAAAUUGGGAGAGGCAAUUUUGCAUCUGUUUAUUUGGCUGAAAGAAUAGAAGACAAUUUAAAAAUGGCAGUGAAGGCAUUUUCAAAACAAAUUGUUUAUAAUGAAGAAAAAGGAAGAGUAAGUUUAGUCUACUUCAUUUUAGGAAGGAUUAAUCAAUGAAAUCUAAAUAAUGAGAGAAUUAGAUCAUCCUAAUCUCAUGAGUUUGUAUGAAGUGUAUGAAACAAAGAAUUCAAUCUAUAUGGGUCUUGAAUUAUUAGAAGGAGAUCAAUUAUUCGAAUAUUUAAAAAAGAAAAUCUCCUUCACAGAAAAACAAGUAUAAAGUAUAAUGGUUGGGUUACUGAUGGGUCUUAAACAUAUGCACUCAAAAGGAAUAAUGCACAGAGAUUUAAAAUUGGAAAAUAUCUUAUUUAAAUAACAGGGGUAUAUUUUUAAGAUAUUUAAGUAAUUUCGAUUCUGUGGUUAUUGCUGAUUUCGGAUUGGCCACUCAUGUAAACAAGAAACCAUAUUUAUACUAAAAAUGUGGUACUCCUGGAUUUGUUGCUCCAGAAAUUAUUAAUCUAAAAAAUGUAUACCAACCCUAUGAUUCUGUUUGCGAUGUAUAUUCAAUGGGAGUUGUCUUUUAUAUUUUGUAUUUUUCAGUAUUAUAAUUAUUAGAUUGACUGGAAGACCUGCCUUUACUGGCAAGACUUAUAACACUAUUGUGAAACAGAAUAAGGAAGCUAAUAUUAACUUUGAUUCCCCACAUUUCUAAAAUGCUCCUAAAGAAGCCUAAUAACUGCUAUUUCAAAUGCUUUAAAAAGAGCCUUUAUCAAGAAUCAAGAGCAGUGAAGCUUUGUUGCAUCCAUAUUUGCAAAGUGCUUUACUAAUUGAUGAAGAUGAGGCUCAUAUCUCAACCGAUGAUGAUCCCAAUCUUAUGGAGAGAAUAAAAAUGCUAAACAAAUAGUUACUAUAUUAUCAUUACAAUAUUUAGAACUGAGAAAGUCGAUUUUACCAGAAUCAAAAGAUAAAAUAGUUAGAAUAUUAAAGAACUACGACUAUAAGCCACUUAAGAAUUGAAGUAAAAUUAGACGUCCGAUGAGGAACUUAAAAUAAUCAUGAGGACACCAGUUAUAACAGGAAGAAUUAAUUCUGUUGAGAGUAUUUACUAAAUAAAAUUUAGAUUCCCCUAUGCUGAAAUGUUUAUCACCCUUCUAAAGUACUGGUUAUGACGAAAUAGCCCAAGAUUAAUUGGUUUUGUAAAGAUAUUCUGGAAAAACACUAAAUAUUUGA